AUGGCAGCAGUCGACCAAGCCAAGUGGCAAGCGCUCAUGAAGUGGACAAUGAAGCAGACGGACGGCACGAUCCCGAGCCCUGCGACGCCCAUCUCCGAAGACAAGCGGCGGUUCCUCGAGAUGGUCAUGAGCGAAGGUGUGAUGGACGAAAACGAGCGCGUGAGGGACAUCCUCCGCAUUUUAGAGGGCGAGGACCCCCGGGUCGUUUUCGCCGAAAGAGAUGGUGGGUUGAGGCCAGAGGCAAGUGAAGACAGUGAACCGUUUCAAGAGGAGCUGGUGCAAUACAAAGACGCGCUGCUGGACGAGCUGCUGACUCGCAUCGACCAGAUUGACAAUGCGCAGAACUUUGUCAAGAUGAAGGGUCUGGAGGUUAUGAAGAACGUCAUGGAGAAGUACGAGACGCCGUCGUCCCGUGCUCUGGCAGCUGAAGUCUGCUCGGUCGUGGUGCAGAACAAUCCCUUCUGUCAAGAAGCUGCGGUGGAGAGUGGACUGCUCGAGGUGCUCUGCACUUUGGCUCGUAGUGACCAGGACGUUACUUGCCGGGUCAAGGCGAUGCUGGGCAUCUCUUGUCUCGUGCGUCACCAUGAAGCAGCUGAGACGAGGUUUUUUGGAGAGAGCUGUCAAGGGCUGGAGCUAUUGCGUGCGAACGUGGCAAGCGCGUCGGACAUUCGACUGCAACGCAAGUCGCUCUUUUUCUUGCGGCAUUUGGUCCGCACGACACGUUCAACAGCGGAUGCUGUGCUGGAGGCGGACUUUUACGUCCAGUCAGCAGCUGCAUUUGUGACGAACGACGACGUGGACCUGUGUGAGAGUGCUGCUGAAGGUCUGGCGGAAUUCGCCAUGAUCGGCCCCGAGUUCCUUGCAGCUUGUAAGAAGCCCGAGGUUGGCCUGGUUGCGAAAUGUGACGAGCGUAUUGAUCAGAUUGAUGCUCUCGAUCACGAGAAGAGAGUUUUUGCACAGGAGACGAGGGAUCGUGUGGAGAAUUUGAAGAAGGUGCUAACCGCGUGA